UAGCAUCUUCUAAUGAGAACUCAUAGGUCCUCAUCCUGUGGUUUUGUCUGUCAACCAGAACUUCUCUUCCGCCAAAGGGACAGACUCUCCAAGAGGAACUCUAAGUAUGUUGUGAAAUUGCUGCUUUCAUAUCUGAGCAACCUCUACUCCACCUCCAAAACCGAUGGGUUAUUUGUAAUCAACAUUAUUCAUUACUCAUUUUAUAAUCCGGGACUCACACUUUAGAUUGUUUCCCUUAAAAAACAUCCCGUUGCACCUCCCACGUAACUUCCGUAUUCCAGAGGCUUUCUGGCGCGCAGACACUGCCGCAUCUUUGCAGAUUCGGCCCCGCAGCUUUCUCGCCGCCGAAACUACACUUCCCAGCCGUCUGUUCGGCCGUGCGGACUCGCCUUUCCCGGCUCCCGGAGGCUUCACGGAAAAUCUAACGACGCUUUGCCGAGCAGUGUGGGUGGGAGAAGCACAGGGCGGACAGUCGAGGCCCUCCGGCCGCUCGCGCACCUCGAGAUGGCCCGGAGGCAGGACGAGCAGAGAGGGAGCGCUCCCUUGAUGGCGGAAGGCAAGUCGGACGCGGAGGUUAAGCUCAUUCUGUACCACUGGACGCAUUCCUUCAGCUCGCAAAAGGUGCGCCUGGUAAUUGCUGAAAAGGCAUUGAAGUGCGAGGAACAUGAUGUAAGUCUGCCCCUGAGUGAGCACAAUGAGCCUUGGUUUAUGCGUUUGAACUCAACUGGAGAAGUGCCUGUCCUUAUCCACGGGGAAAACAUUAUUUGUGAGGCCACUCAGAUCAUUGAUUAUCUUGAACAGACUUUCCUGGAUGAGAAAACACCCAGGUUGAUGCCUGAUAAAGGAAGCAUGUAUUACCCACGGGUGCAACAUUAUCGAGAACUGCUUGACUCCUUGCCCAUGGAUGCCUAUACACAUGGCUGCAUUUUACAUCCUGAGCUAACUGUGGACUCCAUGAUCCCAGCUUAUGCAACAACACGGAUUCGCAGCCAAAUUGGUAACACAGAGUCUGAACUGAAAAAACUUGCCGAAGAAAACCCAGAUCUACAAGAGGCAUACAUUGCAAAACAGAAGCGACUGAAAUCAAAGCUGCUUGACCAUGACAAUGUCAAAUAUUUGAAGAAAAUUCUUGACGAAUUGGAGAAAGUCUUGGAUCAGGUUGAAACUGAGUUGCAAAGAAGAAACGAAGAAACCCCAGAAGAGGGCCGCCAGCCUUGGCUCUGCGGAGAGUCCUUCACCUUGGCCGACGUCUCGCUCGCUGUCACAUUGCAUCGACUGAAGUUCCUGGGGUUUGCGAGGAGAAACUGGGGAAACGGAAAGCGACCGAACUUGGAAACCUAUUACGAGCGUGUCUUGAAGAGAAAAACAUUUAACAAGGUUUUAGGACAUGUCAACAAUAUAUUAAUCUCCGCAGUGCUGCCAACAGCGUUCCGGGUGGCCAAGAAAAGGGCCCCAAAAGUUCUUGGCACCACCCUUGUGGUUGGUUUGCUUGCAGGAAUGGGAUAUUUUGCUUUUAUGCUUUUCAGAAAGAGACUUGGCAGCAUGGUAUUAGCACUUAGACCCAGACCCAAUUAUUUCUAGGCUGGUCGAGAUCUAGGGGUGGCAACUUCCCACUAGACCUCUGUCCACUGUUCCAGGCCCGGGGAAGAAUGGCCCUGGGCAACUAGUAAAAAGCAUAAUUUACUUUACUCUUUGGGUAGUUUAUGUGGGGAGAGGAGGCAAUGAAAAUGUUUUUGUGGGCUGGCAACUUUGAGCUAAUCCAUCCUUAAAACAUGUGCAAGGUUAAGAUAUAUAAACACUGUCAGGUAGAGAAUACACCUUUAUCUCCAAAUGCCAGGUCAAGUUCUGAGUUAUUUUUUGGGAGAAGGUUAUUAUAAUGAACAGACAGUAAUAAUAACCUGUGAUGGCCCAUCUGGGACUGUCUGGAUGUGCUGAGGGUUGAAUAGUUAGCAGUUUUCCCUUAGAAUUCAGAAGUCAUCUUUGUUACAAACACGGGUUCAGACAGCAACAGGGCAGAGCAAUGCUUCGUACUACCACUGCUAGCUUCAGACAGAAAUAAGGGAGAAAAAGGGAAAAGGGAGAAGGGGGAAAAAGGGAGAAUGAAGUUUAUACGGUGAAGAGCAGUAGAAUGCAGCCUCCAGGUGCCUCCAAUACCACUCAUGGCUGCCUGUCCCCUUAAGUAAACAUUACAUGUGACUACUUGUGGCCACUGCCCACACAUCCUCCUGUAACUGAGAACCCUUGGGAAAAGAAGACAAAAGAGUUAGACAGGGGGUUUUCUUGGGAAAGGAAAACCGCCGGCUUCAUGUUUACACACCUCACCUGACCUUAGUGUUAAUUUUAAAUCCGUAUGACUCACACUCCUUGUUUUAAUGAGAUUAACUGCUUACGUACUUGGAUGUGAGAUGCCCACGGGAACAUGUCUGCCUGGCAUUUACAUGAAAAUCUGAAGUGAUGUCAAAAUGGCUCUUUUCUCUUCCUCCUGGUUCCCCAAUUCAAUGGUGCCUAUGAGAUAUCACUCCUGUGGACCGUGUCCAGUCACUGGGGGACGUGGCCUCUACAGCCCCUUGUAUGCACACAUCUAAGGUCCCACCUAAUCACUAGCAUGGAAUGUGGCUGGAUAGUGAGUAUUUUGGUGACUGAGAGUACUAAAUAUGCUCUUUCUGCAUUUGGGAAGGCUGGUGUGUUAACACAAAAACUGUUUUCUAUGCCUUCCAUCUGUUUAUUGUCAUCAACAAAGCCUUAAAAGGUUACAGAAAAAGGAAUGUGUAGUCUUAACCCUUGGCAGUUAAUUUAGGGGAGAAGAAAUAAGUGGCUAGAUAGUGAUGUCCACCAAUAUUCAUUCAUGAUUGUCUAGGCAUUUUGGGGGGUACGUCAGUCUACUGGGAAGGGACAAUCCCAGUGUGUCCCAUGGACACCCAUGGAACUGCAUCAUUGAGUGUGUGCUCAGGAGACAGAGUUCGUGGUGACAGGAAGACAGAGUUUCUCUGGAGCUGGCCAGAAAGGCCUUGGGAGCAGUUUCAGCCAUCUGAUGGGAAGUGUGAGUAGAGAAUGAUGAGUUAGGGUUCCAGCAAACACCAGAAGCUUAUUUGGACUGCCUUGGGUUGGUUGUGCAAAACAGCUGAAGAAGGGACUGACUUUUUCGUUCAUAGGAAACAGUCGUACUUAGGAAACAAUGACUUUUUGAUGGUAAAACGAUUCUAUAAUCCAUUUCAUGACCUAGUUGUUUUAGGAAAUCUUAAUGAACUGGAUGUUCCCUGUUUACAGAAAAUUAAUAACAUCUCCAGUGUAAACUCAAUCCAGUAAUAAUGAACAGACUGAUAGCCUUUAUAAUGUCUUAAUUUUGUACCUCAGCAUAUUGUCGUAUAAAGUAUCUGAACUCAUUUGUCGCUGGGACAUUCCAAUCCAUGUAUUCAUAAAGAGCCACAAAAUGAUUAUUUAGUAGUUCAUAGUGUUUCAGAGUUAUGUCACCCCGUUAGAAGCAAGAACUCAGACACGAAGAAAUCAAACUGGGUUUUUAUAAAAAUCUGCAAAGACUAUUUGCCUGUGUAAGGGUUGUUGAUAAAGAAUCAAGAUUGGAAGCCCAGUGCUGGCCUUUCCUUAAAUGUAUGUUAUUAUUGAAUCAGAGGAAAUCUACUAGGAAGCAUUUAUAAUUUUCUGACACGGUUUCACCGGAAGUUUGCUUGCGUCAAUAUCAAAGAUGACGUAUCGUGGCAGUUUCUCUUGUUUCAUGGAUACCUUUGAGUUUAUACUUUUAAAAUGUUUGUUUAGGGAUGUAACGACCACUAGAUGUUGCUGUUCAUCCAGUAGUCUGAGAUCGGGCGUUCUUAAGAUUCAGCAAGCCUCCUGAACCGUUUCACGUGAAGAUAAACAUUGAUGACCUUACUUUCGGAAAUGAGGGCAUCUUCAUCAGAUCAUUCAUCUGUAAAAAAGCUUGAGGCACGUGUAAUAUUGAUUUCUAAUGCUUGCAAGGGAUAACAGUACCACACAAUGUCAAGCUAAACAGCUGAACGGAUACUGUUAGCAAAAUAGGCACUUUUAUGUGUUUUCUUUUUCACGAUCCUUGGUGACUGGCCAAUGUACUCCUCAGUUUCUAAAAUUUGUAUAAACACUACUGUUAGAAAAAUGCCUGAGGUACUAAAUUUAUGUUGGCUAUUUAUGUCUUAACUCAUAAAUACCUUCUUGUUAUUGCAAUUGUAUGCGUUUUGAAUCCAGAUAGUGGUAAAUUGCUUGCUCGAUUUUUAGUAAUUACUGAUAUUGACACCAGAGUCGUAGAUUUUUUGGUGUUGUUAAAUGUAAUAGAGAGAUCAAGAUACUAUUCUGCCUGUAAGAUCAAUAAAAGUAUCUAGAAAAUAAAUGUCCUGAAAGUACUAAUUUUGUAA